CAAACAUGGAGAGCCAGCAGGUUGAAUUUCAACGGUCCAAACGAAUAUUUAUUAAUAAUAUAGAUUCAUACUCAUCAAAAAACAUCGCAAAGUACCUCAGUACCUGUGCUGUAGGAGAAUCUCUGGAGGAGACUGAAGCAGAUGAAGAUGAAGAAGCUCCUAAAGAGGAAGAUGUUUCACCACAAGAGCGCUUUCAAAUAGUCGGAACUGUUUCAAAUAAAGAUGAAAAUAGCAAAAGUUUUGCGCUGGAACAGUACUCGGCAUUAGACCGUCAUGAGCUUCUACAGCGCAUAAUGGAGUGUGAUGUCAUUGUAUAUAAUAUCUCAGAAAAAGCUGAAGUAAUCGAUGAAGCAACAUGGGCCAUUUCAGCCCUCCAUGGUGAAAUCGAGCAUUUUACAUCUCCCAAGAUGUUCAUUUUGGUGUCGACGCUAAUGACAUGGGCGAUGACAAAACCACCUGAUCCAGAUGAGCCUGAAAUCCCAGUGACUGAGGACGACUUCACACGGAAGAGGCCUCAUCCAAACUUUAAAGAACAUGCCAGUGCCGAGAAGCUUGUUCUUAAGCUGGGGAAAACGAAAAAAUCCAAGCUAUCCACUUAUGUUGUGGCUGCUGGGCUGCAGUACGGCAUGGGAGAAGGAAUUUUACACUUUUUCUUUAAGGCAUCUUGGCUUGGGGAGUUGAGCAGCAUCCCUGUUUUGGAUCCAGGCAGCAACAUCAUUCCUGUCAUCCAUGUCCAUGAUCUGGCUAGUGUAGUGCAAAAUAUCAUUGAUCACAAAUCCAAAAUACACUACUUUAUUGCUGUGGAUGAUUCGCACCAUACUCUGGAAAACAUUGUACAGGCUAUUGCAGAUGAGCUGGGACCUGGAAAGGUUGAGAAAGUCCUUAAAGACAAUGUGUACCUCAACAAGGAACUUAUGCGAGCAGAGUUAGAUUGCUCGAGUAUAAACCUCUGUAUCGAACCAACGAUGCUCAAGGAUAAACUGAACAUACGCUGGGUGUGUGAGUCUGGACUUAUUGACAAUAUUAGCCAUGUUGUGAAGGAGUUCCAACAUGCCAGACAGCUACAACCCAUCAAGAUCUGUCUGAUGGGUCCGCCUGCUGUCGGGAAGAGUUCAGUAGCAGCACUUCUUUGUAAACAUUAUAAACUCCAUCAUAUCGGAGUCAAGGAGGCUGUCGAGGAAAAAAUAAACUACCUGGAGGCGGUUCUUGAUGGAGAUGAUGAGACUGAUGAAGUGUUACAGGGGACUAAAGAGCAGCUCGUCUCUUUGAAGGACAUUGUUUCUCAGAAUGCAGACCAACCUGCGGACCAGAAUGUUUUGCGCAUUAUAAGAGAAAAGCUUCUCUCCAAGCCUUGUAGAAAUCAGGGGUUUGUUUUGGAUGGAUACCCCUCCACACUGGAACAGGCUAAAGAACUUUUCUAUGAUGAGGACACGGAACUGUUUGACUCCAAAAUACAACCUUAUAAUAAAAAUCUAAUACCAGAGUACGUCUUUUCUCUGGAUGUUACCGAUGAAUACCUAAUAGAGCGAGUUCAGAACCUUCCAGAGAACGUAGCGGUUGAGAUGCACUACACCCAGGAUGAGUUUAUGCAGCGUCUGUCUCAAUUCAGGGAGAUAAAUACAGAAGAUGAGAGCGUGCUUAACUAUUUCGAUGAGCUAGAGAUCCACCCUGAACACAUCGAGAUCAACAAUGUGAACGACUCUGAGAAUGAAGCCGUGAUAGAAAAGAUCAUUGAGAUAGUGGGGAAAGCAAUGAACUAUGGUCCCACACCUGAGGAAUGUGAGGAACUGGAGAGGAAACAAGCUGUGCAAAGGCAGCAGCAGCUUAUCUACGAGGCAGACGAAAAUGUCUGCAGAGAGACGGAGGAGAACGCCAGAAUAACCGCUCUCCUAGAGGAAUGGAACAGGAAUGUAACGGAGGUGAAAAAUCAGGAGCAUGAGCUACUGGAGAUGCGGUCACUUCCUUUAAGACACUAUCUGAUGAAGAACGUCAUACCAACACUCACACAGGGGCUCCUGGAGUGCUGCAAAGCAAAGCCUGAAGAUCCGCUAGACUUUAUGGCCGAAUUUCUAUUCAGGAACACGGAGGACUAGUCAUCUUCAUGCAUCUUUUCUUUAACCAGGGUGGUGUGAAAUAUAAUGGUAUGCUUUUUACCAUGUAUGGCAAAAAUGUACACUGUGUAAGCCCAAAAAAUAUUAUAUAAAAAAAAUCAUUGAAUAAAGUGUAUUGUGUCUG